UAGAGGGCUCCUGGUUUCGCUGGCUGUUUCCAACGAAUAAGAAGCUCAGAGAUUCAAGCACUUGUGUGUUGUGGAGCUGUUCGGGCAGGUCGCGAACGUUAGCUGUGCGCGUCCGCAGUAGAGCUGAAGUUGCAAUAGCGAAUAUCCGAUUUACACAAUACGCGUUUCGUGCCGGCGGUAGAGCGGCUCUCUUUUACGUGACCGUUUCCUUUGCCUUGUUAGGCCUAAGCUAAGACAUCCAUUACUUGCGACUCCGCUGGCCGACAUGCCGACUGGCCUAGGGGCGUCCUACAGGUCGCUAUCCGACGACGUGUACAAGACGACGACUGUGGCCGAGAACAGGUUCAGCGUGCUAGAGUCUGUGAAGAAGGCGUUCAGCCUGGCGGGCGCGGGUUCGGGCCCGCGUCGCUCCGAGCCGCUGCUGUCCGCGCAGGUGCACGGCCAGCCGCAGCCGCACGCCGCCGCCCAGCACGCCAGGGACCGCAAAAUGCCGGCAUCUACAUCGGCCGAGGAGACAGCACUGCUGGGCACGAUGCCGUCGGACAGCAUGGACGACAUCGAGCUGCGCAGCAUCCAGCUGCAGUUCCCCAGCGCGCGCUCGCUGUCGCAGGAGGACGCGGGCUGCGUGGAGGAGCGCGUGCCCACCGGCCAGGGCGACGUGCUGGUGGCCGUGCGCGGCCGCCGCGGCCGCCCCGCCAUCCUCACCUACCACGACCUCGGCCUCAACCAUGUGUCGAGCUUCCAGGCGUUCUUCAACUUCAGCGAGAUGCGGGCGCUGCUGGACAGCUUCUGCGUGUACCACGUGAACGCGCCGGGCCAGGAGGAGGGCGCCGCCACGCUGGCCGAAGAUUAUGUAUACCCAACAAUGGAUGAACUAGCAGAGCAGAUAAACUUUGUGAUGUCACACUUUGGCCUAAAGUCAUUCAUUGGUUUUGGUGUUGGUGCUGGAGCCAAUGUACUAUGCAGGUUUGCCCUGAAUCACCCUGAAAAGGUGGAAGCACUUUGUUUGGUUAAUUGUGUAUCGACACAAGCAGGCUGGAUUGAAUGGGGGUAUCAAAAACUGAAUGCUCGUCAUCUUCGCUCAAAAGGAAUGACACAGGGUGUACUUGAUUACCUUAUGUGGCAUCAUUUUGGAAGAGGCACAGAAGAACGUAAUCAUGACUUGACGCAAGUAUAUCGUAGUUACUUUGAACAUCGUGUCAACCCUGUGAACUUGGCAUUGUUCAUUGAUAGCUACAUUCGCCGCACAGACCUCAACAUUGUACGUGAACUUGACCCAGCUCGCAAGAAGGAGACGCGCACACUGUCAAUGCCUGUCAUGAACAUAACAGGUGCUCUUUCACCCCAUGUGGAAGACACUGUCACACUUAAUGGAAGACUGGAUCCAACUAACUCCUCUUGGAUGAAGAUACAAGACUGUGGAAUGGUGUUAGAAGAACAACCGGGGAAGGUCAGUGAAGCAUUCCGUCUGUUCCUUCAGGGGCAGGGAUAUGCUGUGAGACUAUCCCGGAAGACUUCUUCAGCACAGCCUGCAGUUGCACCCUUGACUGAGAACAAAAUGGCCACCUAUCGGCAGGUAUCCCUCGAGCGAUUAGAUUUAGCUAGCAAAUUGCAAAAUCAAGUGCAGGUUAACAGUCCUGUCUGGUCAGCCUCUGCCAUAAACAUAACUGAGAAUCCAAUAUCUGAGGCAGUAGUGUGUUGAAAUAGAUAGGGAAAGCAUGAAGUUUACCACUAUUGUUAAGCAGAAUCUUUUUGUUAUUUUAUACCACUAGUGGAAAAUUAGUUCGAUAACUUUUGACUCCAGAUUCUGUAUGAGUCAUCAAAGGCACAAUGGAAAAAAAACCAUAACUUCAGGUAACUUGGAGCACAAAUCUCUCGUAUGUUACACCUCAAACCUGGAGUUAUGAUUUCAGAAUAGUAUUGAUGGCAACUGUCACAUCUUUUUUUUUUUUUUAAAUAUCUAUGUGUAUCUACCUGCUUCUGUCAUAUUUUUGCUAGUACUUAAGUUACACUCAGAAUUUUAAUAGUAUAGUUAAGUGUACUGUUAUUAAUUUUUGCCAGUGUAACUUUAUGUGCAAAAGUUGCUUUGACUGUAGUUUAGUUAGAUAUGUGUGUGCAGUGCAGAGACAUUCUGUUUCCUGUAACUACAACUGUGUAACGGAGCCAGAGCUUUUAUUGUGCUGGGCAUUUUUAAGAUAACACAAAUCUGUAUAAUCAGUGCCUCAUUUAAUUUCGGCAGCCAUGUAGUCUUAGACUAGGUUGCACUACCAAAUGUGAUACAAAUUACUGAGCUAAAUUCAUGGAAUAGCAUAGAAUUAAGAACACAAUUAGGACAUACGUAUAGUGCAAAAUUUGAGAUACACUGCUAUUGACAGACAUUACUUGUAGCAUUUCUAGAUCAGAGGCAGGCACUUCAGAUUAAUUACAGAGUGCCCAAGAAAGCAAGUUUGUCACUAUAUUAAUUGUAGAUGGAAAGCUAGCAGUGAAAACAAAAAAGAAAAUUUAUAAUACAUGUAGUGCAGGCCAGAGUACUGCUUUUGUUAUGAUACUGCAGGAAAUAUAUUUUAAUGAAAUUUUGUAAAGAUGCAAUGUUGACAAUGGACAUAUGUACAGAAUUUACAAAAAAGUGUAAUAUUUGUGCAGUUUGUAAAUAGAAACUUAUAUAAAAUAUUUUGUUUUGUAGGUAUAGAUAGUUGUAUUGUGUGUUAGUAUUUUCAUUUUUUAAAAUUUUUGUUUCUUGCAUUAGAAUUCCCUAGCUGAUACAAAAUGUUUGAUGGUAUUAUUUGUUAACUUUCUCUUGCUCAAAAUAUACAGGUAACUUCCAAUUUGUUUAAAGUAGUAUUACAUUUGAAAAUAAAUGUUAUCCUUCUGGAA